CCCCAUGAGAAUGGCAAGGACCCCCAUGGGGAGGGCAGGAACCCCCCGGGGAGGGCAGGGACCCCCUCCCCGCUGCCCGGGGCGCUCGGGGCUGACUGGGGUGAGGGAGUUCAUCGCCUUCCCGGAGGGCACCGAGACACCCAGAGCCGCAGGAAUGUCCCGGGCCGCAGGAAGGGGCAGGAGGGCCGAUGCUGCCCCAUCUCCUGGGGGGUUUUAUCCGCUCCGGGGGGGUUUGGUCAGCCGCAGCCGCCGCCCCCUGCGCCGCCCGUGCCCGGCCCCGCCGUGGGGGUGGGUGCGAUCAGCCUCCCCCUUCCCCCCCCGCCCCGAGGCAGCUCCUCCUCAUCCUCACCAUCCCCGCUCGCCCUGCUCCGUGCCGCUUCUCCCCGCGCUCCCGGGAGCCGCAGCCGGAGCGCCGCGCAGCCGCCGCCCGGCCCCGGAGAGGCUGCGGGAUGGCCGAGGGGGAGAUCAGCACCUUCAGCGCCCUGACGGAGAAGUUCAACCUGCCCGCGGGCAACUACAAGAAACCCAAAGUGCUGUACUGCAGCAACGGGGGGCACUUCCUGCGCAUCCUGCCCGACGGCACCGUGGAUGGCACCAGGGACCGCAGCGACCAGCACAUCCAGCUCCAGCUGAGUGCAGAGAGCGUGGGGGUGGUGCACAUCAAGAGCACCCAGUCGGGGCAGUACCUGGCCAUGGACACCAACGGGCUGCUCUACGGCUCGUUACUGGGUGAGGAGUGCCUGUUCCUGGAGAGGCUCGAGGAAAACCAUUACAAUACCUACGUCUCCAAAAUGCACGCGGACAAGAACUGGUUUGUGGGGCUGAAGAAGAACGGGAACAGCAAGCUGGGCCCGCGGACUCACUACGGCCAGAAGGCGAUCCUCUUCCUGCCCCUGCCCGUCUCGGCCGACUGAGGCCCGGCCCCGAGCCCAGGGACGACCCCAAACCCCAAACCCCAAACUGCUGCUGCCUCCUGGGAGCUCAUCAGAGCUCCGAGCUUUAGGUCAAGGCUUUGCCCAAUCUAGCCAAACAGAGCCCCUUUGCUCUGCACGAAGCUUUGCAGAGAUGAGGGGACGAGCCCUGAUGCCCUCCCGAGGUCCACGGGGCCCCAUCUCCCCCUGCCCUCCCCCUGUGCCCGUGUGCCAUGCCCC